AUGCCGCAACCACUCCCCAGCAAGGAGCAGACGCUCUUCCGAUCGCUCGUCAAGUUCUACGAGGGAAAGCUAUACAAGAAGGGCCUGAAAGCUGCCGAGCAGAUCUUGAAGAAACACCCCACACAUGGCGACACCCAAGCGAUGAAGGCCCUGAUCCUCAACUCUCAGGGCCAGGGCGACGAAGCCUUCGCCCUCUGCAAGGAAGCCCUCCGCAAUGACAUGAAGUCGCACAUUUGCUGGCACGUCUACGGUCUAUUAUGGCGGUCGGGCAAGAACUACCCCGAGGCAAUCAAGUCCUACAAGAUGGCCCUGCGCCUCGAACCGGGCUCGCUGAACAUUCUCCGCGACCUCGCGCUUCUCCAGUGCCAAGUCCGCGACUACGAAGGAUACAUUGAGAGCCGGCGGAAGAUGAUGCAGGAGCGACCGCAACUGCGACAGAACUGGACGGCAUUGGCAGUAGCUUACCAUCUGUCAGGCAAUUACGCCGAGGCCGAGAAUAUCCUCAAGACGUACGAGGAGACCCUCAAGCAGCCCCCAUCCAAGCUGGACCUCGAGCACUCCGAAGCGACCCUCUACAAGAACCAAAUAAUAUACGAGUCCGGCGACGUCGAGCGUGCGCUGAAGCACCUGGACGAGGUGGUACGUGUCAGUCUGGAUCGCUGCGCCGCGCUGGAAUUGAAGGCCAAGUACCUCCUAGAACUCGGACAGAAAGAGGAGGCUGAGAAGGCCUACAGGAUUCUCCUGGGCAGGAACAGCGAGUACCGCGCGUACUUCGAUGGCUUAGAAAAGUCCCUUGGGCUGGACCGAUCCAACGAUGCCGAUAUCGAGAAGCUGAACGAGCUGUACCAGUCUUUCGCUAGCAAGAACGAGCGCAACGAUGCUGCGAGGCGGAUACCCUUGGACUUCCUUCAGGGCGAGGCUUUCAAGACACAAGUAGACCAAUACCUCAGGAGGAUGCUGAACAAAGGCGUUCCCUCAACCUUCCCCAACAUUAAGUCGCUGUACCAGGAUGAGGAGAAGAAGGCAGUCAUUGAGGAGCUUGUGCUCGGUUAUGCUUCGGAAAAACAGACCAACGGCGAGAGCAACGGCGACAACUCUGAUCGUUUCGAGCAAUCUGUGCUAUACUUCCUGGCUCAGCAUUACAACUACGUCCAAAGUCGCGACUUGAACAAGGCCAUGGAGUACAUAGACAAGCUACUUGAGAAGGAUCCGAAAUCGGUCGACUACAACCAGACAAAGGCCCGGAUCUAUAAGCACAUGGGCGACGUUCAGAAAGCUUCGGAAACGAUCAAUCAUGCGCGAGAGCUCGAUGAGAGAGAUCGAUACAUCAACACCAAGUGCGCCAAGUACCAGCUGCGAAACAACGAGAACGAGACAGCGCUGAACACUAUGAGUAAAUUCACUCGCAACGAGACUGUGGGAGGUCCUCUCGGCGACCUCCACGACAUGCAGUGCAUGUGGUACCUACUCGAAGAUGGCGAGGCAUACUUGCGACAAGAGAAAUAUGGCCUUGCUCUCAAGCGCUUCACAGCUAUUGCCGAUAUCUUUGACAUUUGGCAUGAGGAUCAAUUCGACUUCCACAGCUUCUCGCUACGAAAGGGCCAGAUUCGUGCUUACAUCGAUAUGGUCAGAUGGGAAGAUCACCUUCGCGACCAUCCUUUCUUCACUAGGGCAGCUACUCAGGCAGUCGAAUUAUACAUACGUUUGGCAGACAACCCCAAGUUCGCGAAUACAGACGAGCUUGAUUUGGAGAAACUGGAUCCCACAGAGCGCAAGAAAGCUGAAAAGAAGGCUAAGAAGGAACGAGAGAAGGCUGAGAAGGCUGAGGCUGAACGCAAGGCGGCAGCUGCAGCAAAAGCAACUGCCAAGGGUGACGAUGGUGAGACUAAGAAGGAGGACCAAGAUCCAAAUGGUGAGAAGCUUCUUCAGACGAAGCAGCCUCUGGAGGACGCACUACGUUUCCUGCAGCCGAUGCUCGAGCUAGCACCAAAGAACAUCGAAGCUCAGAACGUAGGUUUCGAGGUCUACCUGCGACGAAACAAGUUUCUGCUCGCGUUGAAAUGUCUGCAGGCCGCACGAGAAAUCGACCCGGAGAACCCCAAGCUGCACGAGCAGAGCGUUCGCUUCCGUCAGGCUCUCGCCAAACCUGCCGAGCCACUCUCAUCCCAAGCCUCAGAGGUCAUCAAGGACUCGUUCACCACACCGCCCGCGGAUGCGGAUCUUAAAGCUUACAACAACGACUUCCUCAAAAAGCACUCACAAAGCGCAUCCCAUCUGCAGUCGGGAUACAUUGUCCGAUACAUCCUGGACAACAGCUCAAAAUCUCAGAACGAGCAGGACCUACAGAAGACUCUGGAAUUAUCGAGCAUUACGAUAGAAGAAGCCCAGUCUGGACUUGCGUUGCUCAACCAGUGGGGGAGCGCACAGAAGGUCAAGGACGACUACAGGGCGAAGGCCGCAGGUCGUUGGAGCGAUGCUACCGCGUUCAAGAACUAA